UGGGGAGAUGCAGUGACUCCGUGGCGGUGUGCGGUCCUGUGCGGUCUGUGGGGCUCGGGAGGAGGACGGGCUGCGCUGGGCGGUAGCGGUGUCCUCGGUAUGACAGGGGCAGCCCCGCUGUAGACAGCGCACACUGCCGGCUCCAGCUAGAGGGGUCCGCGCUCUAAGGGUCGGCGGUGCUCUGGAUCGUGUCCUGCUCCCGGAUCAUUCGGCUGAAAAUGCUCUUCUGGCACACGCAGCCUGAGCACUACAACCAGCACCCGAGCGGAAGCUACCUGCGUGACGUCCUUACUUUACCAAUUUUUAAGCAAGAGGAGCAUCAUCACCUCUCUCCCGACACGGAUGCAAAGCUGCCCCCCUUCCAGUAUGUCCUAUGUACAGCCACUUCGCCCGCUAUUAAGCUGCAUGAAGAGAGUUUGACCUAUCUCAACCAGGGACAAUCUUAUGAAGUUCGCCUUCUGGACAAUAGAAAACUGGGAGAAUUCCAGGAUCUGAGUAGUAAGCAUAUCAAGAGCAUCAUACGUGUAGUGUUCCAUGACCGGCGCCUGCAGUACACCGAGCAUCAGCAGUUAGAAGGCUGGAAAUGGAGCCGGCCUGGAGAUCGCAUCCUUGACAUAGAUAUCCCACUGUCUGUCGGUAUAUUGGAUCCCCGAGCGAGCCCAACGCGGCUGAAUACUAUAGAGUUCUUGUGGGAUCCCAGCAAAAGAGCCUCGGCGUUCAUUCAGGUGCACUGCAUCAGCACAGAGUUCACACCUAGAAAGCACGGAGGAGAGAAGGGCGUGCCGUUUAGGAUCCAGAUUGACACGUUCAAACAGAACGAGAAUGGAGAAUACACAGAACAUUUACACUCGGCCAGCUGCCAGAUCAAGGUCUUCAAGCCCAAAGGAGCAGACAGAAAACAGAAGACUGAUCGGGAGAAGAUCGAAAAACGGACUGCGCAGGAGAGGGAGAAGUAUCAGCCAUCAUAUGAGACCACCAUUCUGACCGAGUGCUCGCCUUGGCCGGAUCUGCCUUAUCAGUCCAACAGCUCCUCUUCCCCGGGAUACAGCAGCUCCCCGAAUAGCUUCCACAUCGGAGAAGGCAACUGUUCUCCAACCCCUCAGGUGGAGCCGGCUGUGCUGCAGAACGAUAAAGCCAUUCCUGGAUAUAACGAGACUUGGACUCCAGAGGGGAAGCAUCUUGUGCCGUCGGCGACCAUCCAGGACGUGCAGCAGUGGCUUCAGCGCAACCGCUUCCCACAGUACUGCCGGCUGCUCUCCAGUUUUUGCGGCGCUGACUUGUUAAAGAUGAGCAAAGACGAUUUCGUCCAGGUCUGUGGCCCGGCCGACGGCAUCCGGCUCUUUAAUGCAGUGAAGGGAAGGAAUGUGCGGCCCCGGCUGACCAUCUAUGUCUGCCACGAAUCUGAGCAGAACCGAUCCGUCCCACAGCACAAACGGGAGGCUGACAACUCCGCUGUGUGUGUGUACCAUGCCAUUUUCUUGGAAGAGCUGACUGCUCUGGAGUUAAUGGAGAAGAUUGCGAACCUGUAUACAAUCUCACCGCAGCAAAUCAACCAGAUCUAUAGACGGGGACCGACUGGGAUCCACGUGGUUGUAAGCACAGAGAUGAUCCAGAACUUCCAGGAUGAAACCUGCUUCAUCCUCGGCACCAUGAAAGCUGAGAAUGGCGCUGGUUAUCACAUCAUCCUAAAGUGAGAUCUCCUCCACGUUGUCAAGAUAAAGACUUUAAACUCUGCUGCGGGGGCAUCAAGUGGCCAGUGAACAACCCCCCCCCAGAGCCCCCGUCAGUGCGUAGCAGCAUAGAUCCGGAAUGCAGACAUUGUAUCCGGAAAUCCUUAGGUUUGUUGACCCGGUGCCCGGCAGGCGUCUCGCGGCUGAGAUGUACAGAUGUAAAUAUGGGAUCCGGGCCUUGUAAUCAUGUACAUACCAGAAGCUUUCCAAACACUGGACCCCAGGUAAAACUCCGGACCCCUAUGAGAGAAGGAAUUGUACAAGUACAGGAUCCGUCGUGCCUUCCAUGUAGUCUCUGCCGCCCGUUCACCAGCGCAGUGUCCCUGUGCUGCUGUACGGCGCCUGCACAAUGCCCACUGAUGGCGCAGACCACGAAUGUAUGUAUAUACACUACCUGGGAAAUCCAUGUAUUGCCCCCCCCCCCCCCACAUACACACUUGCUGCAAAAAAUGUUUUUUGUCUUUACGUCUGUGCUUCUUGUACACUUUGCACUCUCUGAGGUACUGCGCACACUACAUGGGGCCAGGGGUCUUGUAGGUCAUGGAUCUACGCUAUGUAGGACAUGGACCUCUGGUAAACUUGAGUCUUCUACCUGGCACAGCUCGUCUUGUCUGGAUCCCAAUGAGCGCGGACGAGUUUCUGCUCCCCGAUUAACAUUUUGCUGUGUCAGGUUUUACAAGCUGCUGAUAGAUUUUUGUGCCUUGCAAAUCCCCUUCCCCCAACACUGCUGGAGACCUCACAAUUCAGGGAUCGGUGUCUUAUCGUGAUCCCAAAAAUCUGAGCCACUCGUUACCUGGGGAAGCGCUGGAGCCAUUGCACUCAGGUCACAUUGCCAUCCGUACAGAAUAAGGCAGGCACAUGUGAUGCCCCUUUGUAUAAUCUUCCUCCUCGUCUGAAGUAGUAAAUGAGUCCCAGUAAGAUUACAGCAAGUGAUAAAUCCCUGUGCAGCGGAGAAGCUGAACAAGCAGCAGUAGCUCCAGGUCCGCGAGCUCACAUGACCCCAUAGGUGCAGUCAUUUCCAUCUGAAUGUAGAAAUCGACUCUUUCUGGGUUGGUUCGGGAAUUGGCUGCUGCAGGGAACGGUCCUUGAUGUAAUUUGGUUAUGGCUGCUCCUCGGGGGCGGGAGCUUGGCUACUACAAAGUAACAAAGUAGCCCUUGUUAUGGAAACGUUGAGCAUGUCUGCCUAGCAUUACUGACGGAGGAUUUCACUAUGGUGCUGGGUAUAACGCAAUAAGAUGGGGGCACCAGAGGUUUGUGGGUGUUCAGGGCUGACGUAGAAUCCGAGUGCAAGUGCUCACCCUGCAUAUCGAGGUUUUUUGUGGGAUUUUCUUCUUCCAUCUGUUACAUUUUUCCCUCUCUUCUGUGGCGCAUGGGGGGACCUCAGCCGGCCUGAGCGUUCGGGUUCCGUCCGGAGGGUCGGCGCCUUGCGUCUCUUACCCCCCAGGCUCCCGCCAUUUCUCUUUGGGGUCAUCUGUUUCCUGGAGGAUUCUAUUGAGGUGAAGGUGUCGUCUUUAUUGUUUUCCUUCCUGGUGCCUAAUGUUUUAUAUUUGGGGGUCGGGUUUCUAUUUGCUUCGAGGUUUCUUGUCCAUUAAUCAGAACUCUCUGCGUCGAUGACUGAACCAUUACUGCCACUGGGAAUCGUGUUUUGUACGUGUAGUGGAUGAAGCAGAUUUUGCACUGACUUCAGCUCUACAGGAACCUUCUAGAACUGGAAUCUGUAUUAAAUGCAAAUAAACCUGUUUAUACAAAAGA